AUGACUCUUUCUCAGGCACUGUUGACAUUCAGGGAUGUGGCCAUAGAAUUCUCUCAGGAGGAGUGGGAAUGCCUGGACCCUGCUCAGAGGGCCUUGUACAGGGACGUGAUGUUGGAGAACUACAGGAACCUGGUCUCCCUGGGAAUCUGUCUUUCUGAGGUGAAUAUUAUUUUCAUCUUGGAGCAGGGGAGAGAGCCCUGGCCUCUGAAGAGUGAGGUGAAAAUAGAGAAAAAGUAA